ACACAGUCACUUAGGGAGAAUUGAAUAUGAAUUUGGCCCAAGUAACAUCAAUUAUUUUGAUUUUUACACACAAUGGUCUUAUAUCAACCUCGUUAGAAUGUGUGCUAAAGCAGGAGAUAUCGAUGAACAAUAACUCCACUGACUGUUUUAGACAGUGCAAGUUUCCGGCUAGGCCUAGAGUGUGUGAGUUUGAAUUUACCAUAAAGUGGGGGUAUAUACUGGCAGCGCCUUGUGUUGACUGCCCAGAUAACAAGUUCCAAUGUGGGUUAGCAGAAUGUUUUUCUGCUGACGGUUCAAGCCGAGCCAUCAUUUCGAUUAAUGACUACUCACCAGGUCCAAGUAUACAUGUCUGCCAUGGUGAUAUUAUUCGUGUUAAAGUCAACAAUGAACUACAAGGUGGCAAUGCAUUGACAAUUCAUUGGCACGGCAUACAUCAAUUUGAAACCAAUUGGGCGGAUGGUGUUCCAAUGAUUACACAAUGUCCAAUACCAAGCGCAACGUCAUUUGUAUACAAGUUUGUAGCAGAUCCGCCUGGCACCCAUUGGUGGCGGUCUCACAACGGUGUCCAGAGAGGCGACGGCCUGUACGGAGCCUUGAUCGUCAGGGUGCCAACACAGACAGAAAUUAACAGCAAAGAAUAUGACUUCGAUCUUCAGGAACAUUCGAUAAUAUUUAGCGACUGGACGAGUACAUUAGCAUUAGACAAGUUUACUUUAUUAGCUCAAAAUGCUGUCCCUACACACUCGCAUACCUUAACGAUAUUGGCGAAUGGAAAGGGCAAAAAUAAGGGCAUCACUAUUGAUGUUCCUAUUCCUGUAUUUAAAGUAGAAUGGGGUUAUAGAUAUCGGAUGCGAGUGGUCAACGGAGCGAUUGGCGAAUGUAAUAUAAAACUUACCAUCGAAUCCCAUCCAAUAACGGUUAUUGCUACUGACGGCUUCGAUGUGGAGCCGGUCCGGGCAGACUCUCUGGUGUUCGCUCCGGGUGAAAGGUUAGAUUUUGUACUAGAGGCGUCAGCAAACCCAUCUGUAUACUGUAUAUUUAUGUCUACAGCUCCCUACGACCUGUGUCCGGGAAACGGAAGCGCUAUUCUAAAUUACGGAGGCGUAGAUUUAAUUAAUUUGAAUUGUGACGUUGAACCAAAAACAAAACGUUUGUUUUCUACCUUGAUGUUUAAGGAUGAGGAAGGUGUAUUUACAUUAAGUGAUACACACGCACACUACGCCGUUGAUCCAGACUUAUAUUUUGUAAGUGAGGUAUAUUACGUGACACUGGAUUUAGACUUUAAUAUAAUGACCGGUAGUGGGGCGAACGCUACGAUUGACCAUACCACGAAUUUCAUGAUGAAUCAUGUGGAGUUUAUGUUUCCUUCAACCCCAUUCGUCUCAUCAGAGGCAAGUGACAUAGAUAUAUGUGAGCCCACUAGAAACCACACAUUUGUGGGAGAAUGUAUGGAAAAGCGCUGUACAUGUACCAAUGUCCUUAAGCUAAAAGUUGGACAGGUGGUGGAGUUCGUCAUAAUUGACAGCUUCAAUAUCUCAGAUCAUUCUAUGCAUAUACACGGGCAUUCGUUCAGAGUUCUAGCUCAAGGGAAAAUGUCCAACUUGAGCGCGUAUGACAUCAUCAAUUAUGAUAAGACAGUUGGUAUUACACGGAUUUCGUUAAAAUCAUCGGUUGAAAAAGAUACCAUAAACGUACCAAUGGGUGGUUAUUCUAUCAUCAGAUGGAAGGCUGAAAAUCCUGGAUACUGGUUCUUUCAUUCUCAAGUCGAAAACUACGCACUAUUGGGAAUGACAAUGGUUAUUCAAGUCGGUGACGAUGACGAAAUUCUAGACCCACCAAAAGAUUUUCCGUCAUGCGGACCUUGGUCACCUGACUAAGAUUAUUUCAAUCGUCCGGUCAAGAAUCCUAGCCCGAUUCCUGGUAUCAUGAAUGGCGAGUGGUCUGGUGGUAAAGAUACCUGCGUUCUAAUAUCUCGACCCAAAUCCUGUAGUAACGUCUAUAGACCUUACCCGGGCACACACUGCAACGGUGGUCGUCGUCGGAAGACGCAACUUCCGCAGAGAACGCAACGCGACGAGGCGCACGAAAAUGGAUCGUUUUAAUGACGAUCCGUUCAGACAGUAUAAUCAGCAGAUUGCGCGACGUCAUUCGCUCACAGAGGCCGGGGCUGGAUUUGUCUGGCGACGAUCGUUUGACCGUCGUGCGACGCGGUAUGUGCCCGGUUUUUAUUUACAGCUUCACAGAGCUGGUUGUAUUCCUCAAAUACGGCAUUGUGAUUGCCCAUGAAGGUACAGUUAAGUCCUGCCAUAAAGUUAAUAGAUAGGCUAUACAUUAUAGACCUAAAAGGCCUACCGUAAAACCUCGAAUAGAAGCCCUGAACGUCGGAUGGGCUUCUACUUCGAGGCUACGAUUUCAGAGUAAAUAAGGGGGAGGGGGCUUCUUUUCAAAAUGAAUGCUGUAAAUUUUGGGCAUUACUACUAUUAAACAAUAAAUAGUGUCAACUGUAACAUCAGUCUGUAUCAUGAGUGUAUAACCGGCAUUAAAUCACCUAAACUAUUGUGUAAACCUAGCGUGUUUUAAUAUUGGCUUUUGUUUCUUUGAAAUUUAUGUACGUACUAUCUAGAAAAGAAGCCCAUGGGCUACUUUUCGAGGCUACUUUUUGGGCUUC